AUGGCCUCUUCUGUCCAUUUCAAGUUCAAGUCUCAGAAAGAACCUUCGAGGGUGACGUUCGAUGGAACUGGUAUAUCAGUCUUUGAGCUGAAGAGGGAAAUUAUCACCCAAAACCGAUUGGGAGACGGCUCUGAGUUUGAGCUUUCGAUCUACAAUGAAGAUACAAAUGAAGAAUACGACGAUGAUACGGCUAUCAUUCCUCGAUCAACCUCAGUCAUUGCUCGUCGCUUCCCAGCCACACGUCCUGGUAAAGGCGGCGCGGCGAGAUACAUGUCAGGCAAGGCACCUGUCACGUCGCGGAAUGUGCAGCAUGAUGGCGAACCAUCUACUCGUCAGGAUACUGGCGACAGUGGCAUUGAAAUUAGUAGUCUCCAGUCGGAAGAUGAGAAACUUAAAGCAUUGUUUCGGCUGCAGGAGACGCAGUGGAAGGAACAGCAGCAAGACAUGACAAAAAUAAUCCUAACAUUGAUUAUAGGUCAUUGGAUCCAGGCUUGUCCAACAAAUAAUGAUCCCCGGUUUGAUGGCCGAUAUCGUGUUAAGCGGUCUACAGGCAUUCCCCGUUCAUUCCAAAAACAAGUGGAGAAACCAGACUCGCCUGCUUUAGAUGGCUCGGAUGACAAUUCGAAACUUACAGGGGUUAUGGUGAAUGCUGAUGGGGAUUUUGUUAUUGCUCAGCCAGAUAAAGCUUCGUGGGAGUUAUAUCAAGAGAAGGCAACUGCAUCCAAAGCAGCAGAGGCCGAAGCAGCUAAUGCUGAGCGAAACAAACAAUUGCAGAACAGAGGUCUCUUAUGCCCCCUUGACAAAAGAAUGUUGUUAGCGCCUACAAAGACACCGUGCUGCGAAAAGACAUAUUGUAGUGAUUGUAUCACUAAUGCCCUAAUUGAGAGCGAUUUUGUCUGCCCCAACUGUUCUGCUGACGGCGUUUUGCUUGACAAUCUAUCUGUUGAUGAAGAGGCUAUUAAAAGGCUGGCCGAAUUCGAGACCGAAAAGUCACAGAAGCCGGAGGGAACCGAGAUAAACUUGCCUGAGAAGGCAGGCUCGGAGAAGGCCAGUAACAAGGAACAGCCACAGCAAGAAGCGACCGCCUCGAAGAAGAGAUCAGCAACUGAAAAUGGCGCAACCCAGGAUAAUGACCAACUUCAGGCACCGGCUAUGAAGAAACAAAAAUCCCGAGAUAGCACCGGUGAUACACAAAACAACACUCAGCACAUCAAUCCGCAAAACAAUAUUCCCCAGGUCGCUACCCAAAACAAUACGCAAAAUCGUAACUCUCAAAGCAAUACUCACGGCACUACACCUCAGAAUAAUAUUCCACAACCCAGUCCUAUGAUGAAUCCUUUCCCACAGAUGCCACCUCAGCCAAUGAUGGGUGCAUACGGGCAGAUGAAUCCGUUUGCCGGUCAGGAUAUGAUGUCCAUGGGUGGAUAUUACAAUGGUGGGAAUACCUGGAGUCAGGCAUCAGAUCCCUAUAUGAUGGCUGGAGGUCCCUUUAUGAGCGCGCCAACCCCACAGAUGGGCCAAAUGGGAUAUGGGAUCCCCAAUUCCGGAAUGAACUUCAAUAGUUUCAACCCACAGAUGAUGAAUCAAAUGAAUCAAAUGCAACAACCUUUCCAGCAACAGUACGGAGUGACUCCCUUUUCGAACCAACAACGGAGCCAUAUCAGCGAACCGCUUGCGAAUGAGGAAGACUCCCCUUAUUUCAGACAACCUGUGAAUCCUCACCGCCACCAUGGAAGACAGAAGAGAACCCGUCCUAGUGACUACCGGGAGCUGUAG